UCCGUCCCGUUUGUGUUUACGUUUUGAGUUUUCCAACUGUUAAUUUUUUUUUUAAAUUCAUUGUAAUUUUGCAAUUAUUUUCGUAUUUUAUUUAUUAACUCCUCGUAAAUGGUUUAAAUUUGAAAAAAAUCGGAUUGUGGGAGCUCAACGUGAGCUUUUUAGUGCGGUAUUAUACAUAGGCAAGGUUCAGUGCCACUCUACGAGUCAGGUAUAUGAACUUGUAACGAUGGAGAAAUUUAUCAAAGUAUCAGCGAAGGAUGAUGAUGCUCACGAAGAUGUGCCUUUGAACGACGACGGAGCUUUAUCGUUAAAUAUAUUACGAAAAUAUUUCCCAAGAGCUAUCGGUUUGAAAUAUUUCUCCGAGGUUGAUAUCAGUCAUGAGAUUGAUUUGGACGAUGAUCGAUUCUAUCCGCCGUUGGGUCUAUGGGGUGAUCUGACUUACUAUUGUAUUUGCACCGAAAAUGAAUUCGUCAACGUGAAAUCAGAACCAUGUAUAGAAGAUAUACAUUGUAUCGAAGACGAUGGCAAAAACAACUCGUUGAACAUGGUACACAUUUCAAUCAGUCAAGCAAACAGAACUAAAAAGAAAUCUUACAAACCGAAAGGGAAAUAUAAAAAGAGGAAACCUCAUAAAUGUGACAUUUGCGGUAAAAAUUUUCGUAACCAGGCGUACGUCGAGACACAUAAAUUAAUGCACACCGGAGAGAAACCGUACGCUUGUGCUCACUGCGACGAACGUUUCGCCAGACAGGAUUUAUUACGAAUACACGGAAAAACCGUACACGAUAUACGUGUUAGGCCUAAACGAGAGCCAGUUCAACGUUCACCUACUCACAAACGCGAGAAACGCAGAACGGACGAUAUAUACGUCUUCGCUGAAGUGAAAAAACGUAAAUAUACGCGCAGAAAAUCGAAAAACGGUGAAGAAGAAGAAGAACCGGAGGAAGAAAAAACGCGCAGUAAAAACUACCAAUGUGUAAAUUGUUCCGAAUUUUUCGUCAAGAAGGCGAGCUUGAGAAAACACCCUUGUAUAAGUAACCAAACUCAGUUCACUUGUGAAGAAUGCCACCAAACGUUCGCCAAACUGAAUAAAUUACGUUUACAUCUCUAUAAAUGUCACGCCGAUCAAAAACUCGUCAAAAAAGCACCACUUUCUCCAUCGGCUGUCGAUCCUCUAAAAUCGACUAUUACGUCGUCAAAAUCCAGAAAUAAAUGUAAAUACGCCAACGCGGACCUCAAACAAGAACCAAGUGAUAUGGAAAGCUCCGACGAAGAUGUCAGCUACUGGGAUUGUUUGAAUGAAAACGAGCACAGUUCGUAUAUACCGAAAUGCGACUGUAUUCCCGAUUUCAGCAUCGUCGACUACAUCGAAGCUAAAAUACCGCCGGAAAUUUUGACCAAAUUCCGAUUCUGUAAACAGAAUAAUAUACCAUGGACUGGUUUCCUAGGCUAUAGCGCGUUGUACAAAUUUUGGGCCCGGAUCGUUAUCGAUAAUCCGACUGAUGAUGUUGAACACGACGACGAUGCUGUCGAAUUGCAACAUAUUUUAAAAGAGGAAGAUGUCAGCGAAAGUGACAAAUUAAACGAAUCCGUGACUGAGUACGUGAUAGCCGAAGUAGACGCCGAAACUAGCGAAGCUACUGCUGAAAGUACACAAUUUCUGAGCAGUAUCGAAGAUCUCGUCACGUUCGAUAAUUAAUUCAUUGUUUGAUACAAAUGAAACGCUGAACUAUGAACUUGAAUAUGAACUGAUGAAUAUUCAAGUUUCCGUCUUGUGUUUUUUUUUGGGUGGUCUGCGCUUUUAUUAUGUGAUUGUAUAUUCCGUUAAGAUUUAAUCAUCCAAUUUUUAAACGUACAAACCGUUUUUAUGCGCGGUAUCGUUGAUACAAAUCAUGUAUGUGUUAUGUGAUCGUGGUAGUUUUCUUAUUCUUCCUCUUUUUUAUUUGUAAUGAUCAUUUUGUUAUUCGUAGUAAAUAAACGAAUGUUUGUUUCUUAUAAA